GCCGAUAAAUGACGAUCAAAACAAUUUCGCGGAAAUAAUUUAAUAAUAUUCUAUAGUAUUUUAUAGUUUGAUGGUUUAAAAGUUAACUAAAAUGAAGGGCAGGUUUAGUACAGUUGAUAUAGCUGCUAUUGUGAAAGAAUGGAAAAGGUUUAUUGGUAUGAGAGUUGUAAAUGUAUAUGAUAUAGAUAAUAAAACAUACCUUAUCAGAUUAAACAGACCAGAUGAAAAAGUUAUCCUACUGCUCGAAUCUGGUAUACGCCUUCACAGCUCAGAUUAUGAUUGGCCAAAAAAUCCGGCUCCUUCAGGAUUCUCAAUGAAGCUGCGAAAACAUUUGAAGAAUCGAAGAUUAGAAAGUGUCACACAGCUUGGAAUGGACAGAAUUGUUGACUUCCAGUUUGGUUCAGAUGAAGCUGCUUAUCAUGUUAUUCUUGAACUUUAUGAUAGGGGUAAUAUAGUUUUGACAGAUUUCGAGUUUACAAUUUUAAAUAUCUUGAGACCUCGUACUGAUGAAAGUCAAGAUGUGAAACUGGUCGUUCAUGAAAAGUAUCCUCUGAUUCUUAAUAUAAAACAACAUGUUAAACCUACAGAAGAUAGAAUCCGGGAAAUUUUAAGUUCAGGAAAAGACAUGGAUCCAAUAAAAAAAUUACUUCUUCCUCACUUAGAUUAUGGUCCAGCUUUAUUAGAACAUUGUAUACUUGGAGCGGGUUUUAAUGAAAAUGUUAAACUUGGUAAAGGUUUUGACAUAGCACAAGAUAUUGGUAAAUUAAUGAAUGGAAUUGAAGAAGCUGAGCUAUUAUUGAAACAGAUUUUCACGCAACCCACCAAAGGGUAUAUUACCCAGAGAAAAGACAAACGACCAAAUCCUAAAGACGGUGAAUCAGAGGACCUUUUAACAUAUGAAGAAUUUCAUCCUGCCUUAUUCCGUCAACAUGAGAAAAAACAAGUGGUUGAAUUGCCAUCUUUUGAUAAAGCAUGUGAUGAGUUUUUCUCUAAAGUAGAAAGUCAGAGAUUAGAUAUGAAAGCCCUACAACAGGAACGAACAGCUUUAAAGAAAUUGGAUCAUGUUAAGAAAGAUAAUGAGAAGAGAAUACAGGGUUUACAAAAAGAACAGGAAACUGAUGCCAAGAAAGGACAGUUAAUAGAGUUAAAUCUACAACUGGUGGAUCAAGCUAUCAUGGUGGUUAGAAAUGCAAUAGCCAAUCAGAUUGAUUGGAGUGAAAUAUGGAAUUUAAUUAAAGAAGCUCAGUUGUCACAUGAUCCUGUUGCUAUGGCAAUAAAAGGCAUCAAACUUGAUACAAAUCAUAUGACUAUGCUUUUGAGUGAUCCGUAUUAUGUAAGUGAUGGUGAUGAUGAUGAAUCUGAUAAACCAUUAAAACCUUUAAAAAUUGAUAUUGAUUUAUCAUUAAGUGCUUACGCUAAUUCAAGAAAAUAUUUUGAGAAGAAAAAAACAGCUAAGAAGAAGGAACAGAAGACAAUGGAUGCCUCUUCUAAGGCAUUUAAAUCGGCUGAGAAGAAAGCGUUAAAGGCUCUAAAAGAAGUUGCCACAGCUGUCUCUAUUAAUAAAACUAGAAAAACAUAUUGGUUUGAGAAGUUUCUGUGGUUUAUUAGCUCGGAGAAUUUUCUGGUAAUUGGUGGUCGUGAUUCACAGCAGAAUGAACUGAUAGUUAAACGCUAUUUUAAACCAGGUGAUCUCUACGUUCACGCUGAUCUUCAUGGAGCCAGUAGUGUUAUUAUUAAAAAUCAUACGACAGCUCAUGUUCCACCCAAGACUCUCAAUGAGGCAGGAACUAUGGCCAUUUGUAAUAGUGCAGCAUGGGAUGCUAAAGUAAUAACCAGUGCUUGGUAUGUUUAUCACGAACAGGUGUCUAAAACAGCACCUAGUGGUGAAUAUCUGACAACGGGUAGUUUUAUGAUAAGAGGUAAGUUUUACAUUCCUUCAACUAAGGAAGGGGGGUUGGAUUUAGAAGAAGGUAGUGUUGAACGUCAUCGCGGUGAACGAAAAGUUAGAACUUUAGAGGAUGAUGAUGCCAUCUCGGUCGUUGAUUCUGUUGCUGAUAGUGAAACACUGGACAUUGAUGAAACAGAGACAGCUGAUGGAGAGGAAGAUAGUAGCAGUAGUGAAGAGGAUGGUGAGAAAGGAGAAGAAAUGAAAGAAGAGGAAGCAAUAGAAGAAGAAAAAGAAGAAGAAUCAUCAAGUGAAGAAGAAGAAAGUAGUUUUCCUGAUACAUCUAUUAAUUUACAACAUGUUAAAGGAGAAAAAUUUGAAUUACAGAGAGGUAUCAGUGUGAAUAGUACUAAUAGUACAACUAGUGCCAUCUCAGAAGUAGCAGACGACACAGUUAUCUACCUUGGUGAUGAUAAACCCAUCAUUUAUGGAGAAAAGGAAGAGAUACAGAAGGGUCCGCAACAGAUGCCAUUUAAACGAGGUCAAAAGGCAAAACUUCGUAAAAUAAAAGAAAAGUAUGGAGAUCAAGAUGAAGAGGAGAGACAACUCCGUAUGGGAAUACUCCAAUCUGACGGACCAAAGAAAGAACCAAAGAGAAAAGGAAAGAAGGGAAGAGAAUUAGAACAGAAGAAACAGCAGCAAGCAAAACGAGCAGCCAGUGGUGGUAAAACAGUCAAACCUGUGAUAGCUGAUAUUUUUGAUCUGGAGUCGUUAGGUUUAAAAGAUGAGGAUGAUAAAGGUGAAACAGUUAAUACAGAUGAAUCCAGGGUCAAAUUAAAUACCGAAGAUGUGGGUUCAGAUGAUGAAAAGGAUGAUGAAGCUACUCAACAAAUUGGGGACUUACAGAUAUUAGAAACAUUAACCGGUUUACCUCUACCAGAAGAUGAAAUACUUUAUGCUGUUCCUAUGUGUGCUCCAUAUAACUCGUUAACAAAUUACAAGUAA